AUGCUGGCCCCGCCCCCUGCGCCGGCUAGCCCUGUCCCCUCCGUGCCCGAGAGCCCAGCCCAAACCGUGCGUGCAGCUGGGCGGGGCGGCAGCGCCCCCUUGCGGCCCAGCCGGCAGUUUGUAAACUACAUUUCCCAAAAUGCAAAUGUAGCCAAUCCGUCCCACUGUAGGACUUGGUGUCCCUUACGCUGUGAAAGAUUGAGGAUGAACUUUGGGUUGAUGUUCAGGGCGGCAAAAGGCUGCCAGAAGGCAAACCUCAGCCUGCAGCGCUCACUUGGCCCCAAGGGGCUAUUUGUGCCGCCGAGUCCUCCCGUGGACCCCGAGAAGGUUAAAGAGUUACAGCGCUUCAUCACCCUUUCCAAGAGAGUCCUGGUGAUGACGGGGGCAGGGAUCUCCACUGAGUCGGGGAUUCCAGACUACAGGUCAGAGAAGGUGGGGCUUUAUGCCCGCACGGACCACAGGCCCAUCCAGCAUCGGGAUUUUGUACGGAGCGCCGCAGUCCGCCAGCGGUACUGGGCGAGAAACUUUGUGGGCUGGCCUCGGUUCUCCUCUCAUCAGCCGAACCCUGCACACUGGGCUUUGAGCAACUGGGAGAGACACGGAAAGCUCUACUGGUUGGUGACACAAAACGUGGACGCCUUGCACACCAAGGCGGGGAGUCAGCGCCUAACAGAGCUCCAUGGAUGCAUGCACAGGGUCCUCUGCCUGGACUGCGGGGUGCAGAUCCCGCGGGGGCUGCUGCAGCAGCGCUUCGAGGCCCUGAACCCCACCUGGAGUGCGGAGGACCACGGCCUGGCUCCUGACGGCGACGUCUUUCUCAAGGAGGAGCAGGUGCAGAGCUUUCAGGUCCCAUCCUGCGCUCGAUGUGGAGGCCCCCUGAAACCAGAUGUCGUUUUCUUCGGGGACACAGUAAACCGCAACAAGGUCGACUUUGUGCACAGGCGCGUCAAAGAAGCCGAUUCUCUCUUGGUGGUGGGAUCGUCCUUACAGGUGUACUCUGGCUACAGGUUUAUCCUCACUGCCCAGGAGAAGAAGUUACCAAUUGCAAUACUGAACAUUGGGCCCACUAGGUCGGAUAGCUUGGCAUGUCUGAAAGUGAAUUCUCGCUGUGGGGAGUUGCUGCCUUUAAUAGACCCACACUGACCACAGCCUGAUGUUCCUGAGCCAGACACUGGGACUCUCACUUGUCUCCUGCUGCUAAAGCUCCCUGAGGAUUCAUUCAUCCCUUCUUUCUCUAACUAAUCGAAGUUCGCUGAGUGCAGCCUGUAGAAGGCAGCAAACCAACACCUCUGCCGGCCCAUCUCUGAACCCCGCAGCUUCAGAGCCAAGGAGUUUAGAUCUUUGGGCUGAUGAGAUUUGCCCCUGAAGACAAACUUUUCCAAGCAGCAGCUUCUCCUGAUGGGAAAACUGCUAAACUGCUUUCACUUCCUUUUUCUCUCAUCAAGCAGGAGAAAUGGCCCCAGAAAUAUGUAGGUCAGAAUGGUCUGUGGAGCA